UUCUAAAUCUCUCUUUUAGAUUGCUAUGUUCCCAUCAUGGCAUGGCAUUCCUUGAAGUAGAAGCUCAAAACCCUUUUGCUGUAGAGUGCCAAAAGCAUCUGUUCUAUUCAUUUUCAACCUUUGUGGUCACUCCAAAAUGUGUAGGUGGAGCACCAAUUCAAAGCAUUUGUGGGUGCCCAUUGUGCUUUUCAGCUUGUUCCUCUGGAUGACGCAGUUGCAGUGCCAACAAAUGAAUGACUAUGACCAAAUUGAUAGCCCUGCCGUUCUUCCCCUCGUCACUCAGCUUGUGUACAGUCAAAUCUCCAAUUUGACAUCAAUCAUCAGCCAGGAAAUUAGCAGGGAGUCCACUUUCUGUGUCAAAGAUCCGGAUGCUGAUUGGAAUCAAGCAUUUAAUUUUUCAACUGAUUUGGACUUCUUGGCAUCUUGCAUUAAGAAGACUAGAGGAGAUAUUGCAAAACGUUUGUGUACAGCGGCAGAAGUGAAGUUUUUCUUGGAUAGUUUAUUGGGGAAAUCUGUAAGUGCCAAUUAUUUAAAGCCUAACAAGAACUGCAAUUUAACCUCGUGGGUCUCUGGUUGUGAGCCAGGAUGGGCCUGUAGUAAUCUCUCAAGCCAGAAGGUUGAUCUUAAAAAUUCCAAGGAGAUACCUGCAAGAACUUCAAACUGUCAACCAUGUUGUGAAGGCUUCUUUUGUCCUCAUGGUAUCACAUGCAUGAUACCAUGCCCUCUAGGUUCAUAUUGCCCUCUUGCUAAACUCAAUAAAACAACUGGCGUAUGUGAACCAUAUCUUUAUCAGCUGCCUCCAAUGCAGCCAAAUCAUACCUGUGGUGGAGCAAAUGUUUGGGCUGACGUUAGUAGCAGUAGUGACAUAUUUUGCUCAGCUGGAUCGUAUUGUCCAACCACCACAAAAAGAAUUUCUUGCAGUAGUGGACAUUACUGCAGGAUGGGUUCCACAUCCGAGAAAAGAUGCUUCAAGUUGAGUUCAUGUAAUUCAAACACAGCAACCCAAAAUAUGCGUGCAUAUGGAAUUAUGCUCAUUGCUGCUUUGAGUACUUUGCUACUCAUUAUUUACAAUUGUUCUGACCAAGUUCUCACUACUAGGGAAAGAAGAGUGGCCAAAUCUAGAGAAGCAGCAGCUAGAAGUGCAAGAAAGACUGCAAAUGCGCGCCAAAGAUGGCAAUUUGCAAAAGAUGCAACAAUGAAGGGUGCAAUGGGGCUGCAAGCUCAACUAUCUCGCACCUUCAAGAAGGAUGCAGCAAAUCUGGAAAAAUUUAAAAUUCUGAAACAAGCAAAUUCUGAAGCAGACGUUGAAUUGUUAUCACAUCCACGACCUAAAACUUCAAGCAUGGUUGCAAGUUCAUCUGUGGCAACAAAUAAAAAGGGAAAAGAACCCAGUGGUCUGAUGCAGAUGAUACACGAAAUUGAAAAUGAUCCUGAUAUUGAUGAUAUUGAAAAUGAUCCUGAUACAGAAAUAGAAACUAGAGGUAAAAGUGUCACAGCAAAUGUGUCAAAGGGAAAACAACCACAUACUCAUAGCCAAAUUUUUAAGUAUGCAUAUUCUCAGCUUGAAAAAGAGAAAGCUCAGCAAAAAGAAAACAAGAAGCUUACCUUCUCGGGGGUAAUUAAAAUGGCUACAAACACUGAAAGAAGGAAAAGGCCUUUAAUUGAAAUUUCUUUCAAGGAUCUGACUCUUACAUUGAAAGCUCAAAACAAGCAUAUAUUGAGAUAUGUUACCGGGAAAAUUAAACCUGGCCGCAUCACAGCUGUCAUGGGUCCAUCAGGGGCCGGCAAGACAACAUUUCUUUCAGCUCUAGCUGGAAAGGCAUUAGGAUGCUCGGUCACUGGUUCAAUUCUUAUAAAUGGAAGGAAUGAAUCAAUCCAUUCCUUUAAGAAAAUUACUGGCUUUGUGCCACAAGAUGAUAUAGUUCAUGGAAACCUAACAGUGGAAGAGAAUCUCUGGUUCAGUGCACAGUGCAGGCUAUCUGUUGACUUGUCAAAACCAGAAAAAGUUCUGGUUGUCGAAAGAGUUAUUGAAUUCUUGGGGCUUCAAUCAGUGCGUAAUUCCUUGGUUGGAACUGUGGAAAAGCGAGGGAUCUCUGGAGGCCAAAGGAAGCGUGUAAACGUUGGAUUGGAAAUGGUUAUGGAACCUUCACUAUUGAUCUUGGAUGAACCCACAUCUGGCUUAGACAGUGCAUCUUCUCAGCUGCUUCUAAGAGCACUAAGACGCGAAGCUCUUGAGGGAGUGAACAUUUGCAUGGUGGUUCACCAACCCAGCUAUGCUUUGUACAAGAUGUUUGAUGACCUGAUACUUCUGGGAAAAGGUGGUCUUACUGUCUAUCACGGAUCUGCAAAGAAAGUUGAAGAAUACUUUUUGGGCCUGGGGAUCAGCAUUCCAGAGCGGAUUAAUCCUCCAGAUUACUUCAUUGACAUUUUGGAGGGCCUGACAACACCUGGUGGAAGCUCAGGACUUAGUUACAAGGACCUGCCAGUUAGAUGGAUGCUUCAUAACGGAUAUCCAAUACCUCUUGACAUGAGGCAGAAUGCGGUUCAAUAUGAUAUGUCACACAGUGUAAAUUCAGCUAAUGAAAUUGAUCCCCAUGGAUCCGGUCAUGCAGACAAAACCUUUGCUGGAGAAUUAUGGCAAGACAUGAGAAACAAUGUGGAACUGAGGGGGGAGAAGAUAAGACACAAUUUUUUUAAAUCCAAGGAUUUAUCUGACCGGAAAACUCCUGGCGUUUUCAAGCAAUAUAAGUAUUUUCUUAUACGUUUAAGUGUAAGUGUUUUGAAAGUGUGCCAUGAACUGGAUUUUGUCAACGCUGGAGAUUCAAUGACUGCAAAUGCGCGCCAAAGAUGGCAAUUUGCAAAAGAUGCAACAAUGAAGGGUGCAAUGGGGCUGCAAGCUCAACUAUCUCGCACCUUCAAGAAGGAUGCAGCAAAUCUGGAAAAAUUUAAAAUUCUGAAACAAGCAAAUUCUGAAGCAGACGUUGAAUUGUUAUCACAUCCACGACCUAAAACUUCAAGCAUGGUUGCAAGUUCAUCUGUGGCAACAAAUAAAAAGGGAAAAGAACCCAGUGGUCUGAUGCAGAUGAUACACGAAAUUGAAAAUGAUCCUGAUAUUGAUGAUAUUGAAAAUGAUCCUGAUACAGAAAUAGAAACUAGAGGUAAAAGUGUCACAGCAAAUGUGUCAAAGGGAAAACAACCACAUACUCAUAGCCAAAUUUUUAAGUAUGCAUAUUCUCAGCUUGAAAAAGAGAAAGCUCAGCAAAAAGAAAACAAGAAGCUUACCUUCUCGGGGGUAAUUAAAAUGGCUACAAACACUGAAAGAAGGAAAAGGCCUUUAAUUGAAAUUUCUUUCAAGGAUCUGACUCUUACAUUGAAAGCUCAAAACAAGCAUAUAUUGAGAUAUGUUACCGGGAAAAUUAAACCUGGCCGCAUCACAGCUGUCAUGGGUCCAUCAGGGGCCGGCAAGACAACAUUUCUUUCAGCUCUAGCUGGAAAGGCAUUAGGAUGCUCGGUCACUGGUUCAAUUCUUAUAAAUGGAAGGAAUGAAUCAAUCCAUUCCUUUAAGAAAAUUACUGGCUUUGUGCCACAAGAUGAUAUAGUUCAUGGAAACCUAACAGUGGAAGAGAAUCUCUGGUUCAGUGCACAGUGCAGGCUAUCUGUUGACUUGUCAAAACCAGAAAAAGUUCUGGUUGUCGAAAGAGUUAUUGAAUUCUUGGGGCUUCAAUCAGUGCGUAAUUCCUUGGUUGGAACUGUGGAAAAGCGAGGGAUCUCUGGAGGCCAAAGGAAGCGUGUAAACGUUGGAUUGGAAAUGGUUAUGGAACCUUCACUAUUGAUCUUGGAUGAACCCACAUCUGGCUUAGACAGUGCAUCUUCUCAGCUGCUUCUAAGAGCACUAAGACGCGAAGCUCUUGAGGGAGUGAACAUUUGCAUGGUGGUUCACCAACCCAGCUAUGCUUUGUACAAGAUGUUUGAUGACCUGAUACUUCUGGGAAAAGGUGGUCUUACUGUCUAUCACGGAUCUGCAAAGAAAGUUGAAGAAUACUUUUUGGGCCUGGGGAUCAACAUUCCAGAGCGGAUUAAUCCUCCAGAUUACUUCAUUGACAUUUUGGAGGGCCUGACAACACCUGGUGGAAGCUCAGGACUUAGUUACAAGGACCUGCCAGUUAGAUGGAUGCUUCAUAACGGAUAUCCAAUACCUCUUGACAUGAGGCAGAAUGCGGUUCAAUAUGAUAUGUCACACAGUGUAAAUUCAGCUAAUGAAAUUGAUCCCCAUGGAUCCGGUCAUGCAGACAAAACCUUUGCUGGAGAAUUAUGGCAAGACAUGAGAAACAAUGUGGAACUGAGGGGGGAGAAGAUAAGACACAAUUUUUUUAAAUCCAAGGAUUUAUCUGACCGGAAAACUCCUGGCGUUUUCAAGCAAUAUAAGUAUUUUCUUAUACGGGUUGGGAAGCAGCGUUUACGAGAAGCUAGGAUGCAAGCCAUAGAUUAUCUUAUUUUGUUACUUGCUGGAGCCUGCUUAGGAUCACUUACAAAAGGCAGUGAGCAAACGUUUGGUGCAGCUGGUUACACCUAUACGGUGAUUGCUGUAUCUCUUCUGUGCAAAAUAGCGGCCUUGAGAUCAUUUUCCUCGGAAAAAUUACACCACUGGAGGGAGAGUGAUUCUGGCAUGAGCAGUUUGGCUUAUUUUCUCUCUAAAGACACCCUAGAUCAUUUUAACACAGUGAUUAAACCUGUGGUGUACCUUUCUAUGUUCUAUUUCUUCACCAAUCCGAGAUCAACUUUUGCAGAUAAUUAUAUUGUGCUGCUUUGUCUUGUGUACUGUGUUACUGGUAUAGCAUAUGCACUGUCAAUAUUUUUUGAACCUGGUGCUGCCCAGUUAUGGUCAGUACUUCUUCCCGUUGUUUUGACUCUCGUUGCAACACAACGAAAAGAUAGUAAAAUUUUGAAGGAUAUAGCUAAUUUAUGCUACUCUAAGUGGGCUUUACAAGCAUUAGUUGUUUCAAAUGCUGAAAGGUAUCAGGGGGUGUGGCUCAUAACUCGUUGUGGUUCACUUUUGAAAAGUGGCUACAAUCUUCAUGAUUGGAGUUUGUGCAUAUCCAUCCUCAUUCUUAUGGGUGUAAUUGGCCGGGCUAUAGCAUUUUUCUGCAUGGUAACCUUCCGAAAGAAGUAAGGUCAACCAAACUUCAGGCCAUCGAAUUUUACCUCUGACAAAUCUGAGUUGUACAAAUUGGAGUUAACAGAGAUUACGUUAGGAUUCUCAUGAUUUCAAUAAUGUCCGGUAAUUUUUUUAGGCAUGAUAUUGGUUUUUGGCCUAACUAUGCAUGUUAGAUGUGAUCAAUUAGUCAUGUCAUAGUUGCACGU